AGUAAUUCAGUCUGAUCUGAACAGCUGACGAUAGUUGGCACUCGCUCCCCAGCCCGUCACAUCUGCCAGUGCGGCAGUAUACCGUUGCGCUAUACGGCGCGAGGUGUGCGCUUACUGAACGCAGAUCGGCAGCCGAGUUUCGAACGUAUUCAAUCUUUUUCAUCAAUAAAAAUAUCGACUGAAUGCCUUCGUUAGCUUUUGCCGAAUUUAUCGUGUGAUUUGAAUGUUCUAAAUUUAAAAUUCAGUGGAACUUUGUGCAGCGUUUCUGCUGUAGUUGGUGUCGUAUUUUCGUCUAUGCAACGUCGUUGUUCGUGUUUGUUAUCGUAAGAUACUGCUGUGCUACGAAAGCCAAAUCAUGGAUCUGGAAUUUCGAAAUCUUAGAUACACAGUUGCCAGUCGAAUAACCAAAGGACAAAAAAGAGAUGUGGUCAAGGGAGUGGCGGGGCGGUUCCAGACUGGUCAGCUGGUGGCCAUUAUGGGACCUUCAGGGGCCGGCAAGAGUUCCCUGCUGAAUGCUGUCUCUGGAUACAAAUCAGCAGGCGUCUCGGGUGAGCUUCUAGUCAACGGGCAGCCGAGAAACGAAGUAGUAUUCCAGAAGUCCUCAUGUUACAUAACUCAAGAAGACCUUCUACAGCCACUCCUGACAGUCCGUGAGGCUAUGGACGUGGCUGCGAGGUUGAAGCUGCCGAAAGGAGCGAAAGUACAUUCAGAGGAAAUUCUGCAAGAGCUAGGGCUGUUAGAGCAUCAGAAUACCAAGACGGAUCAGCUCUCUGGAGGACAGAAGAAAAGGUUAUCAAUCGCGUUGGAGCUAGUGAACAACCCACCUGUCUUCUUCCUCGACGAGCCGACAAGCGGGCUGGACACCGUGACGACGAUGCAGUGUGUGAAACUGCUUCGGCAACUGGCAAGACAGGGACGAACUGUGGUCUGCACUAUACACCAGCCCGCGGCCUCGCUGCUCGAGCUGUUUGACCAGGUGUACGUGAUAGCAGACGGGCGCUGUAUCUUCCAAGGAGACACGACGGCAAUGGUUCCGUACCUACAGAGCGUAGGUCUACCUUGCCCACGUCAUCACAAUCCAGCUGACUUCAUAAUCGAGCUGACAGAAAACCCAAACAGCAUAGACAUCCUCUGCGAAGAGAUACUCAACGGGAAAUUGUACAAAUCAGCUAAACUGGAGAACACACCAAAUGAACCGAUGAACAGUAUGGCACUGAAGAUAUGCUACCAGAACGAGGAAAACAACGAAACGGAGAUAAUGCUUUCAAACGAGAAGUGUGUGUAUAAGGUCCCACAGUACAACGAGACGGACUCCAGUUCUAUAUCCAGCCAGGAAUCGCAGACGAUAAACUCUUCGUUGGCGUGGAUGAAGGUACAGAAAUCACAAAACUCCUGCGGGUACCCCACGACGUAUUGCGAGCAGUUUCGGAUAUUGCUAUGCAGAAUGUUGAAACAAAUAUUCAGAAAUAGACAAGGUCUAUGGAUCCAGACAAUACAUCACAUAAUGUGCGGCGUCCUGAUCGGCAUCUGUUUCUUCAACAUGGCUAACGACGGCACGCAGAUGUUCAACCAUCUCAAGAUGUGCGUCGGACUCGUCAUUUUCUUCGCUUACACCCAAAUCAUGGUCCCAGUGCUAGUUUACCCUCAAGAAGUAAAACUCGUGAAGAAGGAGCAUUUCAACCGAUGGUACAGUCUGACACCUUACUACGCGGCACUGACCGUGUCAAAAUUACCAGUGCAAGUGGCUUUAAACAUCAUCUUCUGCACCAUCGUGUAUUUCAUGGUCGGAGUCCCGUUCCAAGUGGCCAGAUUUACUGCCUUCUGCCUCAUCGGGAACAUUGUUUCGCUGGUCUCUGAAGGCUUUGGAUUGGCUAUUGGAUCCGUUUUCAGUGUUAGAAAUGGCUGUGCAAUUGGUCCAGCGGCAAUAGCGCCGUUCCUCGGCUUGGCCAUCUACGGGUUCGACUUUGCGCACCGCAUCCCUCUCAUGAUGAACAUCCUCAUGAAAACCUCCUUCAUCCGCUGUGGAGUCGUCGCUAUGGUCUUAACUAUCUUUGGCUUCGGGCGAAUGCCUCUCGAAUGUAAAGACGUCUACUGCCAUUUUGCUAAACCUGACGUCCUAUUAAAAUACUUAGACAUCGAAAAGAGCUCUGUCUGGUUAGAAAUCAUCACUAUGUUAGGCAUCAUGUUCGUGUUCAGAUCUCUCUGCUAUAUCGGACUAAGAUGGCGAUUCGCUACGUGAUCGGAUCAUGACAUGUCCUAACUAGGUUUAAUAUCAUGUGAUAUUGUCUUUAAGUGCUUUAUUUUGUUAGGUGCUCAGCCAGUACAAAACGAUGGCAUGUGAUAAGUAAGUAUACAUUCGUUUGGUCGAAAUAGUGAUAUAUUAUUUGGUAAUUUAUUUAUAGCUGGUUUGAAAAAUAAUAUUUCUAAGGGGCCAUUGUUUUUUUUGUAGUUUUCUUUUGUUUAGUAUUUUUUUCUGUGAACCGGCUUUAUUCGAAUUUUGGUUAAUUUUACUAUAUAUUUUUAAUCUAAAAUAUAGUAUAGUAUACUCGAAAUUCCUGAUUUUAUCGAAUAGUAUGGACUUCGUCCAGCCAAAGAUAUACCUAUUUCAUUUACAUUGUAUCUGAAUAUUGCGACUGAUACCUAUAAAAAAUAAUUGUAGUAUUUUAUUUCAUAAACUUAAUUAAUGUAAUAUAUUUAAAUAUAACUUGCCUUUAUUGUUGUCAUGUAGCGUAAAAUUUUGAAAUUUGUUCGAGUUCGCGGGUUCGAUGCAAAGAAGUUUAAAAGAAUUGAGAUAUUAUACCUAUAAACAAUUUAGGCUUUAAGUAAUGAAACUAUAGGUAUCUUUGUUAUACUUACUAUUGGUGUACCUACAGUAGUAGGUAAUAGGUGGUUCCAAAGGGAAAAUUAUUAGUCGUAAGACUUAAUAAAAAGCUGUGCCUAUCAAUGCCUCUCUAAAUGCAGUGCCUUUCAAUGCCGGAUACAAUUUAAUACAUUAUUGUUUUAGUAUGAAGAGUAAUAAGAUACCUUCAUACAUUGGGUAGCUAUAUAUGCUGGCCCAGUAUUUUUUUUAUACUUAAAUAUAGAUUUAUUAAGCGGCUGAAGUUCUUCAUGCGUAAUGAAAACUGUUUGAUCGAAAGAGACGAAUAUUCCCAUGAUGCAUUUGAGUCCGAUAGUUAAUGAAAGAGAGAGAUAGUAAAUGAUUUGAUCUGAUGCGGAUAUUCGUUUCCUUUACCAGAGUAUAAUAAUAUAAAUUGUUUGUCAAUUUUACUUUGUAUAGUAAAAUCAAACGGUUUUAAAGUGUUGUUGUAAGUGUCUACAACAUAAUGUAGGUAUAUUAAUAUUUAGAUGUUUAUUAUUUUGUACUUUUCUAAUAUCAAGGAUAUGAGUAAAUAUACUUAAUUAUAAAUUAUAAA